CUAAAGACUUAUCCAAUAUUUUUCCAUUUCUUACAACUAACAAUACAGAGAAUUUCAAUAGGCAACUAUUGUAAAUUUUUUUAUUAGAACGCACGCAAUUCAUAAGAUUAAGAUGAGGAGAUUUCUCAUCGUGCUAUUGGCAUCACUGCUGACCCUGUCGUGCUGUGCCGCCACUCAGGCCGUGGUUGAUGAAGAAGCUAUCAAGGAGACCAUAGACCGAGGUGCGGCCAAUAAGUUGGAGGUGCCCUUAAACCUGCCGGACCUUGGCUCCGUGGAGGAGCCGUGGCUGCCGUAUCUGCCGCUGAUCAUCGGUACAGACACCAUUUCUCUGGUACUCACUAGAAUCAGCAUCUUGGGGCUAUCGGGCAUUACCCUUGAACCUGUUACCCCCAACCGCCCCUUUCCUGACGGUGCUAGAACUUCUUUGUAUUUCUCCACGCCCUCCAUCACCCUGUACAGUGGCCAAUACAUUGGUGGGGGAUCUAUCGAAAAACUUCCCUUCGUGGGGGAGUCUACGGCCAACAUCACAAUAAAAGGUUUCUCCGCAAACAUCUCAUUCGAAUUCGACGGCAUUUUGCCUUUCUGCCCCAUAGCUAACACCACCUCCUACGCUCUCACCGGAGAUGCAUACUUCGUGAACUUCGCGGGCCUGAACCCGGGCUUACCGGACUCGGGCUACUUCAUCAACACUAUGUUGAGCUCGUUUGGUGAAGAUAUCAUGGAGUGGCUCAACAUUGAGAUCAACCCUGGAGGAGAGCUUCAUGACAUCGUUGACGGCCUGGUCGUGAAAAUUAUCGGAAGUAUCGUGCCUGGCUGCCCUUCUGGUGCUGAGUAUGACGAAGGCCAGGAAAUCUCGCUUGAUGACAUCUCGCGGGAAAUGGACUUGGGCGACCUGUUGCAAGUGCUCACGCAGGCUCUGAGCGACAGCGCUUCUUCGGAAUUUGUCAACACUCUCACCGAAGCCAGCAGCAAACUGAGCCUAAACUUCCAAAAGUUUGGUAUGGUUUGAAAUUAGAUUUCGCAACUUAUUAGCUUAGGCUAGUCGAAUUCCGGUAUUCCACUUCUAAUUACAAUAGAUUGAUCUAAUUACAAUAGAUCAACGCUAAGGUGAUUUGACGGUGGUCGCACCCCCAUGGCUCAGAAUUUGCUAAGCUUUAGUAAAAAAGAAUUAAUAAUUUUCUGUGAAUCAAUAAUGAAUCGUAAACUAGGUUUAGAUUUAACAAGCUUACCGAAUGAAUGUAUCAGUUUUAUUGUAGUUAUUAAGCUAAAUUAAAUAGGAACGUCGACUAUUUAACAUGGGACGGUGAAUUUGAUUAACAUUGAUGGUAUUGAUUUCUCUAGCAAUGAUUCUUACAACAAUUGGGACCAACGCUUCCUGUUCUGCAACAUUGAUUGAUUAUAAAUUAAUUAUCAUUGUAUUCCCUUUCAAAUAAAUUUUUCAUUCGCCAUGCACUAUCUCAUCC